UCGCUUUCCUUCGCGUGGUGCUGUCUGGCCCCGCCCUCGGCAAGAUGGCGGCGCCCAGGUUGAGUACGCCUGGUCUCCGGCUGCUCAUUAGCAAGUUGCGUCCCGGGAGACUGUUCGCUCCCGGAUCCAAGCCGGUUUGUUCCAGCGCUACUACCUCCAGGCCUCUGAAUGCUCAGAGAUUGGCGGAGAAGCUCCGAGCCCAGAAGAAAGAGCAAAAGAAAAAAAUGCCGAUCCCUACAAACCGUGUUCAUCGGAGGGUGCAAGAACUAGUGCGAUUCACACAGCAACUACAGCGAGUUCACCCCAAUGUGCUUGCUAAGGAACUGAGCCGAGGGAUUCUCCACCAGGACAAGGAUCUUGUGGUCAUUAAUAAACCGUAUGGUCUCCCUGUCCACGGUGGCCCUGGAGUCCAACUCUGCAUCAGUGAUGUACUGCCCACCCUAGCAAAGAUGCUUCAUGGCCACAAGGCAGAGCCUUUGCAUCUGUGUCACCGUCUGGACAAAGAAACUACAGGUGUUAUGGUUCUGGCUUGGGAGAAGGAUAUGGCACAUCAAGUCCAGGAGCUGUUUAGAACUCGCCAGGUGGAAAAGAAGUACUGGGCCAUCACUGUGCGUGCCCCCUUGCCCUCGGCAGGAGUGGUUGAUAUCCCCAUCGUGGAGAAGGAAGUGCAAGGCCAACAACAACACCACAAGAUGACACUGUCCCCAAGUUACCGUAUGGACAAUGGGAAAAUGGUAAAAAUGCGAGCCAGCCGAAAUGCCCAUGUUGCUGUAACUCAGUACCAGGUGCUUAGCAGCACUCUUUCCUGUGCCCUCGUGGAACUGCAACCUGUUACUGGAAUAAAACAUCAGCUUCGAGUUCACCUGUCUUUUGGGUUGGAUUGCCCAAUCCUUGGUGAUCACAAGUACUCAGACUGGAAUAGGUUGGCCCCUCAGAAACUUCCUGCUGGCACACUGAAGAAGCUGGGACUUCACCAGGCAAAGGCCCGCCAUAUCCCCCUUCACCUGCAUGCCAGGCAGCUCAUCCUGCCUGCUUUUGGCUCCAGAACAGAGGAACUCCUCCUGGCCUGCAAGCUUCCUCAUUUCUUUGUACAUUCUCUGCAUCGUCUGGGUUUAGAGAUGCCAGAUCAGGUUCAAAGCAGAGGCAAUGAGGCCAGGUAUGUAGAAGCACAGUGAAUGCUUUUGGGCAGGUUGGCUCCAGAGCUCUGAGUAUUCUCACUUGGAAGACACAGUAGAAGAGCCAGGUGAAAUAAGUUGAAGACACUUGACCACUUCAGGACUUUUUAUUUUAAAGAUUUAUUAUGUAUACAGUGUUCUGUCUGCAGGCCAGAAGAGGGCACCAGAUCUCAUUACAGAUGGUUGUGAGGCACCAUGUGGUUGCUGGGAAUUGAACUCAGGACCUUUAUCCACUGAGCUGUCUCUUCAGCUCCUACUUCAGGACUUUUAAUGGAGGAUGAAGUUGUAUUUACUGUCAUUCUGGCUGUAAUUUGGAAAAGCCUGCUGGAAGUCUCUCCUCGAGAGGUCUCUUUGCCAAGAUGGAAGAGGACCAGACAGGUUAGACCAGUAAAGGAGAACCAAAGGAUGGAAUCUGUGGCCCCGGACUGUCUUCAUCCAAUGGAAAGAAAAGCUGAGCUAUCAGGGGUGCUCCCUUGGGCAGUGUGUUGGAUAAACAUGUAUCACGGACCCAGAGAUUUUUGUCAACUAGAACAUUGGGUGCCUUAGCAGCGAACCUGUGAAAGAGUUGUUUAGGAGAGGUCAAUCAUGGGCAGAUGACCUAAGUGAAUGAAGCUGGUAGAGUGGAAGGCAAUGACUAGGACAACAAACUAAGCACACAAACUAUCUUAAUAGUUAUUAGCUCCAGUUGAUUGUUGCCCCGUAGGGAAAUUUUCUGUUUCUCUAAAGAGAAUCAGGAAAUACAGAUAUUUCUGUGAAGUCUCCCAACUUGUUGCCAACUAAAUAAAAACAUUCUAAAAUAUU